AUGUCCGCUAGUGGCCCGCAACAGGGAGCGACGUCUACUUCACCUCCAGCAUCCCAACCGCCAGCGGCAUUUGCAUAUAACUAUGACAACUCACUAGAGCAGCCAGCGGAAUUUCGCCCUUUCUCCUUUGUCUUUAACACGGUCGAGCGGCUUAUGAUCUGCCAGCUGUGUGACUGCGUCGUGCAAGACAUUUCCGGACAUCUCAACAAGCAGCACAAACCGGAUGGCCGCCUCGCAGCGGUCGAUAGAGCUCAGAUCAACGUGUUGCGGAAGAAGCUAAAGGAGCUUGGAGGUGCGGAGAACGCCCGUGUUAUCAAGCCCUCCCUGGUUGCGCGCCCUAUCAUUGCUGGCCUCCGUGUGGAAUGGGCAUUCACUUGUAGCCACUGCACCUUGGCGCGAUCCGAGCGCCGCCAUGCUGCCUCGCACGUGCGUGACAAGAUCUGUCACCCUGCCGCUAGCCUCUCCGAUCGCGUCCAGUGUCAGCGCCCUUACAAUAAGGAGCUCAUCCGCGUCUUCCUGCCCCCCUCAACCACCAAUCCCGUUCUCUUGUCCUUCCACCGCUUCGAGAAGGCCCAAGCCUUGCUGCGAGAGGAAGUGCCUGACGACGCACGCCUUGUAAGCCCGUUCUUGCUCCGAACGCUCUGGUACACCCACACCAACCUCAUCGACACCGCCAUCUUGAUCGCCGCUACCGAAUUCCCCGCAGACGACGAGUUCCCCGGCCUGGCUGCUCUGGUCCGCAUGUAUUUUAACGAGGCAAUCCGCCUCAUCGGCAGCACGGACCACCUUGUCCGUCGGCACAUCAACACGCCUGAGCCCGCCAAGUAUGUCUCGCGUUGGGCACCUCUGGCAGGACCUAUGUUGCAACACACCCUAUGCUUAUAGGGCACUGUGUUGCAACAAUUCCCACUAAUUAUAAGGUUGUAACUACAACGGUUU